UUCGACUCACGCAGGCUCCUCUGCGCGUGACUUCAUUUCCCGCGAUGCCAUGCGGCUUACCCGCGGUCCAGGCAAGCGCGCCUUUGGCCGAGAGGCCUCCUGGGGGAUGUAGUUUCUCCUCUGCGGCCGGCCCUGCCUGCGAUGCAAGCCGGACUAUGGCUUCCGCGGGCUGCAGCAGCAGCGGCGCUCUGGCACUCUUGGGCGCCGGGGAGGCGGAGCGGCCGCACCCGAGGCCUUUCUUGAUCGGGGUGAGCGGAGGCACCGCCAGCGGCAAGUCGACAGUAUGUGAGAAGAUCAUGGAACUGCUGGGUCAAAAUGAAGUGGACCACCGCCAGCGGAAAGUGGUCAUCCUCAGCCAGGAUCGAUUCUACAAGGUGCUCACAACAGAGCAGAAGGCCAAAGCCCUGAAAGGGCAGUACAACUUUGACCACCCAGAUGCUUUUGACAACGAAUUGAUGCAGACGACCUUGAAGAAUAUUGUGGAUGGCCAGACCGUCGAGGUCCCAACCUAUGAUUUUGUGACUCAUUCCAGGUUGCCUGAAACGACCAUGGUGUAUCCCGCAGACGUGGUCCUCUUUGAAGGAAUUUUGGUGUUCUAUAAUCAAGAAAUCCGGGACAUGUUUCACCUCCGUCUCUUUGUUGACACCGACUCAGAUGUGAGACUCUCUCGGAGAGUUCUUCGGGAUAUGAAACGGGGAAGAGACCUGGAGCAGAUUCUGACCCAGUACACAACUUUUGUCAAGCCUGCCUUUGAAGAGUUCUGCUUGCCGACCAAGAAAUACGCUGACGUGAUUAUCCCUCGAGGAGUAGAUAAUAUGGUGGCCAUCAAUCUUAUUGUGCAGCACAUCCAAGAUAUCCUGAAUGGAGACAUCUGCAAGUGGCACAGGGGGGCCACGAACGGGUAUGGACGCUCGUCCAAGAGGCCUUUCCCAGAACAUGCCGACAGCAGCCCCGUACUCGCCCCUGGCAAACGGUCUCACCUGGAGUCCAGCAGCCGUCCUCACUAACCUAACGAGACCUGCCUGGCUGGAAGUGUUGGGAUGUCCAUUUCCCCAGUAGCUGGACUUCAAAGAGCCAGCUGCGGCUCUAAAGGGCCCUUUUGAUCUCUCUCUCGUGUUUGGAAGCUCCACCCAGAGGUGGCAGAUCUUCUGGAAGUGGUGGGGUGUUUUUCACUGCCUUCUGCUCAAGUUCCUUUCUUGGGGAGGGGUCACAUCACAUCCCUAGAGCGUCUCCACAAAAGAAAGUGGCCCUUCUCUGGCGCUUUUCCUAACAAAGUCUUUAAGGAUUUUACGGUUCUUUUUCUCUAGGAAAGAUUGCAGUUUAGACACCCCCCGCUCCAGCCUUCUUUCUGUUUUAUUUGUUACCUGCCUUUUUCUCUUUCCCAUUAAACACUAAUGUGGUUUUA